GUAUCACACAGCUAUUGACCUAUUUACAGUUAGCAAAGGAAGAAUGGCCGCUUUGCGAGCUGCAAAACAAGCGCUGAGAAAGCAAAUAAAGCUACGGGUUGCAGCGCUGAGUGACAGGGAGAAACGACGGCAGUCUCUAGUCGUUUCACAGAAGCUGUUCAGACAUCCCAAGUAUGUGUCCUGUAAGCGAAUUGCAGUGUUUCUUAGCACCAUUGAUGAAGUGUGCACUGACGAAAUCAUCAAAGACACAUUUAAAUCGGGGAAAAGCUGCUUCAUUCCAAGAUAUGAGAGUCAGAGAAACCAUAUGGACAUGUUGAAGGUCAGCAGUCUGCAGGAUGUUGAAACACUGCCUCUGACUUCCUGGAAUAUUCGACAGCCUGCUGAAGAUGACAGCAGCAGAGAAGAAGCACUGGCUGGAGGAGGUCUGGACCUAAUCUUGGUGCCAGGCCUGGGAUUUGACUGUUUGGGGAAGCGUCUGGGACGAGGGAAGGGCUUCUAUGACACCUACUUGGAGCGCUGCAGCAGACACCCCAAAGGAAAGCCCUACACUAUUGCCUUGGCCUUCAAAGAGCAGCUGUACCAGGAAAUCCCUGUUGAUGACAAUGAUGUGGUCAUUGAUGAAGUGCUUUUUGAGGAUGAUGAGUAGCUGUUUGUGUCAGCACACACACACAACUGGAGCACAGAGUGACUGUUAUUACUAGUUGGUAUAGUGAAGCUGUGUCAAAACGUAAUCAACUUAAGUAAUACACGCAGGUUUAGCAGCUCAUUUAGACUCUGGCAAAUUUUAUGGUACAAUAACACCAAAAUCCACCAUGUAAAAUUUACUUGUGGUGCAGCCAAGAUCAAUAUGGGACAGAAAAUAUUGUAGGUAGGGUUGUAUAUAACUGCUCAAAGAAUUUAGGGGAAUACUAAAUCACACAUCGGAUCUUGAUGAAUAAAUUAUUCAAGUUGAAAAUCUUUA